GACGCGCACUUCAAUCUCGGUAGAUUGCCAGACAUGGCGGCGGAUCUGAACCCGGAGUGGCUGUCCUGCCUGCCGUCUUCAUGGAGUUAUGGUGUUACGCGGGACGGACGCAUCUUCUUCAUCAAUGAAGAAGCAAAGAGCACAACCUGGCUCCAUCCGACAACGGUGGAGGCCGUCAGCACCGGCCACCGGAAAACUCCCGAUUUACCAACUGGAUGGGAGGAAGGAUUCACCUUUGAGGGAGCCAGGUGCUUUAUAAAUCACAAUGAGCGGAAGGUGACCUGCAAGCACCCCGUCUCCGGCUCUCCUUCGCAAGACAACUGCAUCUUUGUGGUCAACGAACACCUGAAUUAUGGGAAACUGGUUCACCCUGUAAUAAGCAGACCUGCUCCGAAAGCCCCAGCCAACGAGAAGAAGGAGCGACCGCUGAGCACCAUGAGCGAGGCGUCCAACUACACGGGCGGCUCGGAUCACACGGCCCACACAGGCAGCCCCGUGGCCAGGACGUCAAGGCCAUCAAAAAAAGUGCACAAUUUUGGAAAGAGGUCCAACUCCAUAAAGAGGAACCCCAACGCUCCAGUUGUUAAGAGUGGGUGGCUUUACAAACAGGACAGCACGGGGAUGAAGCUCUGGAAGAAGCGAUGGUUCGUGCUGUCCGACAUGUGUCUGUUUUACUACAGGGAUGACAAGGAAGAGGGAAUCCUGGGAAGCAUCCUUCUGCCCAGUUUCCACAUAUCCAUGCUGUCUGUGGAGGACCACAUCAGCAGGAAAUACGGCUUCAAGGCCACGCACCCCAACAUGCGGACCUAUUACUUCUGCACGGAUACGGCCAAAGACAUGGAGUCAUGGAUGAAGGUGAUGACGGAUGCUGCCCUGGUGCACACGGAACCAGUCCGGAGGCUGGAGAAGCUGAAACUGGAGCAGCGCCACCCGCAGGACAUGAAUAACGUGCUGAACCACCGGCUGCUGACCCGACCCGAGGCACACAACAAUGAGCGGAACCGCGAGGUAGAGCGGCCCGAGGAGCAGCGAAGGUGUGACGCCGAGCGCUAUGGCUUCCAGAAGGAGCAGGCAGAGCGGGCUCUGACCAAGAUCAACAGCGUCAGGCUGCAGCCCCUCCUGGCUGAUGGCGGCAGACAGCAGAGGGCACCACAGGUGAACGGCUCUGGGGACAGGACUGUGGACUGCGGCACAGGGGAGCUGGGCGAUGGGCCGACACAAAGGGGGUGCAGCCAGGACCCCCAGCACGAGCCACAGCAAGUCCUGCAAAGGACCAACUCCAUGCAGCAGCUGGAGCAGUGGGUCAGAACCCAGAGGGGGAGGAGCCAAGAGGAGGAGACGAGGAGCAUCACAUCAUACCAGACGCUCCCGCGCAACAUGCCCAGCCACCGGGCCCCAGCAACCCCCCGCUACCCUGAGGGCUACCGCACACUGCCCCGGAACAGUGUGGCGCGGCCCGACAGUGUAUGCGGCAUGUCGGCGUCGCUGUACGAGCGCCCCCCAGCGGCAGAUAAGCGCCGCUCCAUGCGUGACGACACCAUGUGGCAGCUGUACGAGUGGCAGCAGCGGCAGGCCUACGGUCGGGUGCCCCUCCCCACGGUGGCCCCCUACGGCACGCUGCCCUCCCCCCGCACCAUGGUGAACCUGUCGGAGCACACUGGCCACUCCAUCCCGCCAUCGCCCUCACAUGGCUCGCUGGCCGUCUACCAGGGCUACUCGCCACUGCGCUCCUUCAACGUGGGCUCCCGCUCCGAGGUGUCCUCGCCCAGCUACCGGGGGGACCUGACCAUCGAGCGGCACCACCGGGCGCACCUCACCAAGGCUGUCCCCGCCACGCCCCCGCAGCCCGAGGAGCUGACGCUGCUUCUGAUCAAGCUGCGGAGGCAGCAGGCGGAGCUGAGCAGCCUCCGGGAGCACACACUGGCCCAGCUCAUGCAGCUCGGCCUUGACGGCGCCGCGCCCAAGAAUGAGAUUCUCUCCCGUCACCUUCAAAGGAGCCUCAUGUAUCUGGACAGCCAGAUGAAAGAGAACGAACCAUUAAUCAUCAUGAUUCACACUAUGAUCGAGAACUCUGCACCACGACCUCAACUAUACCAACAAAUGAACCCGGAGGCCUACAGAGAAAACGCUUUUAUUUACAGAUCCGAGGAACCCGACGUCGAUGCAAAGUUGAGCAGACUGUGUGAGCAGGACAAGGUGCUGAGGACCCAGGAGGAGAAGCUGCGGCAGCUUCACAGGGAGAAGGUGCGCGUCUGUCCCUGCUUGAGACCAGCGCGUUGCAGGAGAGCCGGCAUCCUGGUGUCGUUAUCAGACACUGUUAGUUGGGGACAGUGGCUCACUAGACGUGGUGACGCCCUUCAGGAGCUGGAGCGCUCGUGGAGGGAGUAUGAGCGGCUGGAGGGGGACGUCUCGCUCUCCAAGAGUCGCCUGACGGAGCAGCUGGAGGCCCUGGGGGGGCUGCAGACAGACACCCCCAGCCAGCAACACGGGCAGAUCCAGAAGGAGCUGUGGAGGAUCCAGGAUGUGAUGGAGGCCUUGAGCAAGAGCAAACCUCAGAGGAGUGUGGACAGCACAGGUGCCCUGGGUUCGAAACCUGUCUCCAGUAAAUAUAAGAGCGAGGAAGAGGAUGGCGUGCCGCCGCGGCCGCCCCUCCCCCAGUCCUAUGACAUCAGCGAGAGGCCAUGUGCGGUGGCGCCGCCGCCCCCCCCCAACCCGGGCGGCGGACAGCUGCACGUGACACGACAGCCUCUGCACCGGCCGGAGGAGCGCAAGGCAGGCCAGAGGAACGGGGCGCAUGGCGGUCCGGACUACAGGCUGUACAAGAGCGAGCCGGAGCUGACAACGGUGGCCGAGGUGGACGAGACCAACGGGGAGGAGAAGGCCGAGCAGGUGGCGGAAGCAGAGCCGACCAACCCCAAAGGAAUCCCCUACCCUGUCGGCAUAGUGUCCCCCAUGCCUGAAUCGGCCACCAUCGCAUCCUACGUCACCCUGAGGAAGAGCAAGAAGCCUGACUCCAAAACGCAGGAUCGCCCCCAGAGUGCUGUGGAGCAGCCGGGGGGGUCAGAGUGCACGCGACCUCGCAUGAGCCUGGAGGAGCAGCUGGAGCGGAUCCGGAGGCACCAGCAGGCCCUGCUCAGGGACAAGAAGAAGGGCGUGGUGGGCCAGGAGGACUCCGCCCCCUCCCACACACCUCCCAUCACCCUGCAGAGCCGUAAGAAGGACGAGUUGCAGUGCAGAGACACCCUGGAGCUGAAGGAGCAGGAGCCUCCAGUGGAGGAGACAGCACGCCACAGGGAAGUGGGAAGGCCCGAGGACACCGAGGCGGGACCAGAGCUCUGUGAGCCAGAAAAGGUGCUGAUCCGAGAGCAGUGCCCAGAGUCCAGCCCAGAGGAGGAAGCUGAAAGGCAGGAGAAAGUGGAGAGAAUCAAAGCGCUCAUUGCCAAGACCAGCCUGCAGAACGCACUGCCGCCCAUGUCCCUAAGUCCCGAGGACGAGACGGAGGGAGAAGCCGGCACGCUGGAGCAGGAGAAGAUGAUCAACAUCAGCUACGAGCUGGCAGCCGAGGCCUCGAAACGCAGCAAGCUGGUGGCAGCGAAAAGCCUGUCCUCUCCGCCUCAGUCCCCAACAUCUCCAUCUCCUCCGCCACCCCCCCUGCUGGCUGAUGGUUCCCACUUCAUGUGUGUGUAGUGGCAACAUCCAAGCCCUGGCCUCCGGUAAGACAUACACAUGAGGGCUUCUGGGACGGAGGUGACAGGCCCUCCCCCAUCGCGCUUCCUGGCCCCAGGGCAACCUGCACAGCGCAUCCAUGACACGCACUUUAGGGAGCCUACCGCCAGGCAGACGGGCUCCUCUGACUGACCUCUGGCAUCUUCCAGCUCCCACCUGAGACUCUGUGCCAGCAGGGGGCAGCAUGGAAAGGAGAGGACCUUAUUCUGUCACCAACAUCAUCAUCAUCAUAUUAUUAUUAUUAUUAUUAUUAUUAUUAUUAUUACUGUUGUUAAUGAGUUUUACCAGUUUCCGGCAGUUGAGUUGAAGGACAGUAGUGAUCUUUCCCAGUGCAGGUCACUCCUGAUUUGGAGACCAGAUUCACUCUGACACUGACACUAUGCCAACUGUACUUCAGCCAAGCAGCAAUAGUGAUUCUCUGCUUUGUAUUUAAUUUCUUAUUUUAAUCCAGCCAGUGUUCAUUUUUACAAGUUUAAUCCUUUUUUUUAUUUUUUAUUUGUCACACUUUGGACUUUUACUGCCUUGUUUUGUAAACCACCUUUUUGUUUUUUAUAUAUUAAAAGUAUAUAUAUAAAUAUAUAGUUGAUUUUUAAUUCAAUAAGGUGCCACUUUAUUGCUGCAGAUAGACAGAUUUGUAAUAUUUUUUCGGGUUACUAGUAUGUAUAUGUGGGAUCACCUGCAGUCUCGACCACACUGUAGCCGACACACACGAAUGUCACGGCAUCGAACCCGCUUCUCUGCAUCUUCGUUGGCUGAGAUGUGCUUGGAUAGAGUGAGACACCACUUUCCAGAGUUUCUGUCGCAGUUCCAUUUCCUACCAGCUGGGGGAGACUUGGAAUCGGAGAGGAGAAUAGCACAUGUAAAAGCAAUACCCAAGGUUUGCUUAUGCAAGACUUUGGUUUUGUGUACAAAGUGUAAUUACAGAGAGCCCAUUGUGUAUAAACUGUAUACCGUGCAACAACAAAGCUGCUGUAACUGUAAGAGGCUAAUUAUUAGAGUGCAUAUGCAAAUGUUCAUAACCGCAUCUGUUUUAUAUCAUGUUAAAUAAAUGUUGCCCUUCUUA